AAGAAACGUGACGCAAUGAGCAACUAGUGGUUCCAUUCCAUUUAUGUAUUGUAGUAACAGUAACAGACAGAGUUGUAUUGUAAGAGAAGAAAAUUUGACAAGCAAGUAUCAAUGGCUACUUCGUUGUGUAUACCUUCCUAUUCCUAUUCAAACUCUAUCAAUCUCAGAACACAGCACCUUAACUCAUCCUCUGUUCAUUUCACCCCUCCUUUUCGUUUCAACACCAAAAUCUCUUGCAAUUCUAAUACUACUAACAACAACAACAACGAUGCAACAAAACCACAACAACCUCAAUCUCAAUCCAUUCAACUUUACUCCCAAAUCGAAAAAUUAGUCACUACUUCUGCUAGACAAUCACAAGAUGCCUGGUGGGGUUCUACAGACUGGACUGAAGUAGAGGGAUCAUGGAUUCUCAAACCCAAAAGCACCAAACCCAAUUUUGUUGUACAUUUUGUUGGAGGUAUAUUUGUAGGAGCAGCUCCUCAGCUUACCUACCGUUGGUUUCUUGAGCGUCUAUCAGAAAGGGGUGUAUUGGUCAUUGCAACUCCAUAUGCAAGUGGGUUUGAUCACUUCCUCAUUGCAGAUGAAGUGCAGUUCAAAUUUGAUCGGUGCUACCGCACAUUACAAGAAACAGUCAAAGACCUUCCUAUUUUUGGUGUUGGCCACUCUUUGGGAUCGCUUGUGCACCUUCUGAUUGGAUCAAGAUAUGCAGUGCAAAGAUCUGGAAAUGUUCUCAUGGCAUUCAAUAACAAGGAAGCAAGUUCAGCUAUCCCCUUGUUCUCUCCAGUUCUUGUUCCAAUGGCUCAAAACUUUGGUCCACUUCUAUCAGAUAUUUUUUCUUCACCAACUCUACGAGCAGGGGCGGAGAUGACUUUGAAACAAUUAGAAAAUGUUAGCCCAAUUAUGAAACAGGUUCUUCCUUUAGUUGACCAGCUCCUUCCCCUGUAUAUGGAUUUGGCCAAGGGAAGAGAAGAUUUCACUCCAAAGCCUGAGGAGACCCGUCGACUUAUAAAAUCAUACUAUGGAGUAUCCAGAAAUCUUCUCAUAAAAUUCAACGAUGAUACAAUAGAUGACACCCCAACUCUAGCACAGGUGCUCAGCUCUGAAGCAGCCAUUAGCUCUAUACUAGACAUGUCAAUACGCAAGUUGCCAGGAGAUCAUGUUCUUCCGUUGCAGCAGGCACUGCCAGAUGUUCCACCAGCAAUGGCUAAUGCAGUUAAUCGUGGAAGCGAGCUUUUGUCAAAUCUUACUGUAGGAACACCAUGGGAGUCAGUUGCCAAAGAAGUAGGGAACACACUAGGCAUUGAUUCAACAAACAUCCUUCGUGGACAAGUAUCGAAGGAGAUGGAUGUCCUUGUGGAUGUGAUCUCAUCUUGGAUAGCCUCCAAUGUAGGGCCUAAACUUCUGAGGCCGUAAAGUCGGAAUUCAUAUACAUAUGCAAGCAGAAAGAGAUGCUUUAUAAAAAUAUAGAAAAAAAGUCAAAGUUGGCAUUAACUCUUCAUCCUCUCUUGUAAGAAUGUCAUUCAUUCAAUGUUAAUAAUACAUACAAAAGCAAAUAGAACUCGGUCAUUCACCUGUCACUGUAAAAUAUGAUCUAAAUUUUCACAGAAACAGUUGUGAUAUUGAAAUUAUUGGUUAUGUAAGGUUGAUUGAUUUAUAUCAAAGGCACACUGAAUGUUAGCUUUGAAUUUAUUACAUCCAAUCAUUUUUCAGUGAGUCA